AUGAUCCAGCUGCACAUCACGCUGCUGAGCGGGCAAUCGACGACUCUGCUGGCAGACGCGGCCAUCCAGGUGGAAGCUCUCCGGAAGCAAACUUCCGAAGAGCUCCAGGUUGGGGUCGUUGCUUUGGUCACAGCAGCGGGGCAGCUCCUGGAUGGUCGGGCCACACUGGCCGAGGCUGGCCUCACGCACGGCGACACCUUGAGUGCCGUGGCUCGAGAUGCUCGGAUUGUCACCAGCCGCAACUCAGAGGCCUUCUCGUUGCUUCGUAGCGAUGGAUCCGUGGUUACUUGGGGCCUUGCAUUGGCAGGUGGUGACAGCAGUGCGGUUCAAGAUGUUCUCAAAGAUGUGCGGGAGAUCUGCGCUGCCGACGAGGCUUUUGUUGCCAUCUUGAGCAACGGUACGCUGGUGACUUGGGAGAACCACUUUGGCACUCACUGCAGCUCUGGUGGUCUGAGCAACGUUCAGAAGGUCUCAGCCUCGAAAGCAGCCUUCGCGGCUCUGAUGUGGAACGGAGAAGUCUAUGCAUGGGGCGACCCAGAGUACGGAGGGGACAGCAGCUCCGUGCAGGAGCAACUCCAUGGGGUCCAGGAACUCCAGGCCUCAAGUUCUGCCUUCGCCGCCAUUCUCGAAGAUGGAGGUGUGGUGACCUGGGGAGAUGCAGACUCCGGCGGCGACAGCAGCGAGGUCCAGACUGGGUUGCUGGACGUUCGCCAGAUCCAAGCCUGUGAUGAUGCCUUCGCUGCUAUUCUUGGCGAUGGCUCUGUCGUAAGCUGGGGAAACCCACGGUUUGGUGGUGACAGCAGCUCUGUGCAGCACAAACUUGUGCAUGUGCAGUCCAUUCAGAAUUCUGACGGAGCUUUCGCAGCACUCUUGAAAGAUGGAAGUGUGGUGACAUGGGGAAAUCCGGAUUACGGGGCGGACUCGAGCAGGGUGCAGGAGGAGUUGCGGGAUGUGCAGGGGUUGUGUGCUUCCGGUGGUGCUUUUGCAGCACUGAAGCAGGGCCGAGUCGUUACUUGGGGAAGCAAGCGGUGUGGUGGCGACAGCAGGGAGGUACAAGAGCAUCUGCAGCAGGUGCGCGAUAUCCGAGCAACGAAUGCCGCCUUCGCGGCAAUCCGCGAGGAUGGUUCGGUCGUGACCUGGGGAAGUGCAGAUCAUGGAGGUGCUAGCUGCGCAGUCCAAGAUCAGCUGCAGGAUGUGCAGGACAUUCAAGGCUCCUGCGCUGCUUUCGCUGCGCUUCGUGCAGACGGACGG